GAUGCGGGCCUCCACAGAUUGGAAGAAUUAUUGGAUAUAGAUCAAGAAACUUCACUCUGGCCGACAAAGGUCAUCUUCUCACUGCGCUCAGCUGUCUGAACUCUGAACCAUGGAUCGUUUAACAGAUUUCUUGAGGGAUUUUGCAAUGAUGAACAGCACACUGAACAUGACACUCGGGUACGAGGACAGGUAUGGAAGUGCAGAAGACAUCGAUGUGACUGCUGAUAGAAGCCCUGUGUUAAGAAUUAUGAUAUCCAUAGUCUAUUCCGUCGUGUGCGCAGUGGGGUUAGUGGGUAACCUGCUGGUCUUCUUUUUGAUGAAACUUAAACAAGGGAGAAAGACUUCCACUAUUAACUAUUUUAUAUUUAACUUGGCUAUAACAGACUUUCAGUUUGUUUUGACUUUGCCCUUCUGGGCGGUGGACACAGCGAUGGAUUUUAGCUGGCCAUUUGGAGACGCCAUGUGUAAGAUUAUUUUGUCUGUGACAGUAUUGAAUAUGUACGCCAGUGUCUUCUUUCUCACGGCUAUGAGCAUAACACGAUAUUGGUCAGUGGCAUCAUCCACUAAAAGCCACUCUUGUAAACCCCUCUGCUCGGUUAAAUGGGUGUGCGCUUUUCUGUGGACAGUCGCCACUCUGGCCACCGCGCCGACAUCAAUCUUCUCCACAGUGACGAACGUGGCCGGGGAGAAACUAUGCCUGUUGAGGUUUCCUGCUGGACAGUACUGGCUAGCAAUGUAUCACCUCCAGAAAAUCCUAAUCGCCUUUGUUUUGCCCAUGUUAAUACUGUCAAUAAGCUAUUUACUACUCGUGAGGUUUGUGAAAAAGCGGAGCAUGAAUAACAACGCAUCGAUGAGGAAAUUGCAUUUAACCAAAUCUGUCACUAUUGUCGUUAUGGCUUUCUUUCUGUGCUGGAUGCCAAACCAUGCCAUUACGCUAUGGGGAGUACUUGUCAAACUAAAUGUUGUCUACUGGGAUGAAGCGUACUACGUUGUGCAUACCUACAUUUUUCCUGCAACCGUUUGUCUUGCGCACACAAACAGCUGCUUAAAUCCCUUUAUCUACUGCCUGACUAGGAGGGAGUUCAGGCAGAAGCUGAAACACCUCAUGCUCACUUUAACUUCUGGCUCCGACAAGAGCUGUCUACAUACAUAUAGCACGCGGCAGGUAGACCAGUCGGGAGGAAAAAAUACUGUGCCGUAGGUCUACCAUAACAAGGCUAUUGGCCAUCCUAUACAAGUGUAAUUACAUGUAAGAAUAAGACAAUUGACGCAAUAACAGUACAUAUUAGGCCUAUAUCUUGUACUCUGGGAUUGACAAUUGUUUGCAGACCCUGUUUGAGACCCUUUGACAUUCCAAUAGGAACAUCACUGAAACAAGCACCAAGAUUACUGAAGAUUUAGAGCACUGUCUCGCCUGCCGAAGUAUAAUGAAUGU